UCUCUCUCUCUCUCUCUCUCUCUCUUCUCUCUCUCACUAUAUAACCUUUUUCUCACCUGGAGCAGACACUUCUUUCUCUCUGGUGUCUCCGGCAACCGGUGAAUAGGUAUGUUCUGUGACAUCAGUUUCCGCUGGUUGCAAUUUUGAUAUGUGUAGAUUACAGAAGAUGGCAUACUGAUUGGCCAAAGUAACUGUUACACAUUUUGAAAGUGAUCGAGUGAAAAUGGGGUCUGCUUGUUGUGUUGCUGCUAGAGACAGAAGAGCUAUAACAAAUGGAUCAAUUAGUGAUGUGAUCCCAAGAAAUAUCCGGUAUUCUCCAUCAUGGGGUGUUAGGUGGGAGAAUAGGAGGCGUGUAGCAGGUGAAGAAGCUUCCAUGACUUGGUAUUCUGAUAGUGUUACUGUUGCCACAAAUGACAGGCUGGACAAUAAAUCUCAAACAACAGUUGGAACUGCUUAUGCAUCAGAAGAGGGUAGUAGUCCUUUGGAAAGUUUUAGAAAUCUGACGUGGCAAAAGUCAUCACCUUCUGAAGGAUAUCCAGUUCCUCAAUCAGAAGACCUGUCUCUCUCUAAAAACCCAACCAAGUUAUCAUCAUCCCCAUCAAGACAUCCCACAUGUUCCCCGGGUUGCCAGGUGUCACACAGCCGGAUCCCAUCUACAAAGUCCUCAAAUCUCUCAAUCUCAGAAGAAGGCCCCGGGUCCGGGUGGAGCAACGAAUUAAACCGUGGAUCUUCAGACGGGUGGUCCAUAUCCAUACCCGUACCCGCUUCCAACGACUCUUUCGAUAGCGAGUCUCUCAACUUUAAAAUGAGCCGAUCAAGUGGGGGUGUUUCGUCCAUUGAUAUGCAGACAUGUGGCGCGUGUUCCAAGCUCUUAACAGAAAAGUCGUCAUGGGGAACACAGAAGAUUAUAGCCAAUAACGAGCUGGCGGUUGUGGCUAUUUUGAUAUGCGGGCAUGUUUAUCAUGCGGAGUGUUUGGAAAAUAUGACGGAUGAGAUGAACAAGUAUGAUCCUGCAUGUCCUGUUUGUACUUUUGGUGAGAAACAGACUUUUAAAAUGUCGGAAAAAGCAAUAAAAGCGGAGAUGGAAUUGAAGGCUAAGAUUAGUAGGAAGAAAUCAAGAACUAGAAGCCGGGUGGUUGAUGGUGAUGAUGAUCAUAUUAUUAUGUUUGAUAAUAGUGGUAGCAAGAGUAGAAGCCAUAAUAAUAAUAAUAAUAAUAAUAAGAUGAGUUCAAGCUCUAGCAUGAAGAAUUCUAUGGGGAAACCAAAAACACCUUUUUUAAAGAGACACUUCUCUUUCGGUGGUUCCAAAGGGAGUCGAUCCAUGUCAAUGUCGGAUAAUGAUUUUUCCCGGAGAAAAGGGUUUUUCUGGACUAAAUCAAAUAAGGAGUGACCUCACCUCACCUCACCUUUUUCCCUCUAAAAGGUAUGAGUACACGAGUAGUAGGAUUAGCUCCUUGAAGAUAACUUAUUGUAAAGCGGGUUUUGAACUACACAUAGAUGGUCAUGGUAUUGGUAAUAGUAAUACCAUAAACCAUGUUCGUCAUGAAAUUUGGUAUAUAUAGCUCAUUGGGGAAAUGGUAGUAUAAACAAAGGAAUUCAGUGAAACUGGUAGAACAGAUUCUUUUUCUUUUUCAAGUGGUGUAAGUUUAAAGUUUGUUUCUUGUGUUUUUCUUGCAUUAUAUAAUUGGAAAAGAAAAAAGUAAAGGUAAUUUGAAUUUGGUGAAA